ACAAAAAACCAACAUGAUGCUCCCGCUGUCCCGCUUUCCUGUAAUUCUUGUCUUCUCUCAGGUGCAUUGUUUAUAACGCUGUAGUAACAACUAUUGCAAUUUUUGUAAUUCGAUAGUUACAUAAGAAGAAUUUAGGCCUGUUAGUACCGCAUUUUUAAGAAAUGUCCUCUAAACGUAAAUCUGAUGGGAAAAGUCGGGCUCCCAAAAAAGCAAAGAAAAAUGGAAAAUCAAAACACGAAGAUUUGAGUGAUUUUGAUGACGAGUUUGGAAGCGAUGUUUCUAAUGAAGGAUCCAAUUCUGCAAAUCAUACAGAUAAUGAAGACGUGGGAAAUGAAGUAGAUUUACCUGCCGAUGAUGAUACUCUGAGAGUGAAGGGCCCAGACCACGUGGGAAAGGUACUGAUCUGUGGUGCCACCAAUUGGGAUCUAGUGGCUCGCAAGACCGUCCCCAAGGGCUGCAAGAAUGCCAAUAAGGGUAGAGACCUGUUCACUCCUCAUCUCUUUGCACCACUCAGCGACAUCCGUGUGCACGUUGUUGUCUCUGGAUGCAAUGCUGCGCACAGCGUCAUCAUCACCGAGAACUGGAAGGCAAUGGUCUUUGGUCGCAAUGAAAAGGGACAGCUGGGCACUGGCAACACCGAUCGUUCUGAUGUACCUGUUGAGCUGGAGGAGUUGAAGGAUCUGACUAUAGUCGGAGCAGCAUGCGGACGCAACCACACGCUUUUUCUCACAGAUAGAGGCCAUGUGUACGCCUGUGGUGACAACAAGAUGGGGCAAUGUGGCGUGGGAAGUACCAGCCAGACUGUGGACAAGCCCACCCGGAUUCGCUACAAGGGCCCACCAAUUGUGAAGGUGGCGUGUGGGGCAGAGUUCAGCAUGAUAUUGGACUGUAAGGGUUCCUUGUACUCCUUCGGCUCACCUGAAUACGGUCAAUUAGGUCACAACACAACCGGGGAAUAUAUCCAGCAGUCAGGGAAGGUGAACCAUUCGUCAGAGAAGUCGCCCAAGAUGAUCAUGCACUUCAUUGAAAAGAACAAGGAUCACAUUACUCCAGUGGAGGGAGUAGACAUCAGAGACGUGGCCUGCGGUACCAACCAUACAAUUGCACUGGACUCUCGGAAGAGGAUAUUCUCCUGGGGUUUCGGAGGUUACGGGCGCCUCGGGCAUGCUGACACCAAGGAUGAGUUAGUGCCCAGGAUUGUCAAAUUCUUUGAGACUCAAGGCAAAGGAAUCAAAGGCAUAUACUGCGGAUCUAGCUUUAGCAUCUGUGUCAAUGAAUUUAAGGUUGCGUACUUGUUCGGCCAGACCAAGAAGACAGGGGAGGCCAAUAUGUACCCCAAACCCAUGCAAGAUCUGUACGGGUGGAAUAUCCGUUCUGUGGGUUGUGGCAUCACUGCGACCGUGCUGGCAGCAGAUAACAGUGUCAUCUCCUUCGGCCCCUCCCCCGCCUUCGGUGAACUGGGCCAUGGAGUGACCCGCAAGUCCACAACGACUGCCAUGGAAGUGAGGGCUCUGGAAGGUAUCUACGUGGAACAGGUAGCUAUGGGUAUGCACCACACGUUGCUUCUGGCUCGGGACGAGACGGAGGCUGAGAAGGACAAGAUUAACGAACUGCCAGAGUAUGACCCUGCCUAACAGCCUACUCCGCCACUCUCUCUCUCACUGUUACUCUACUUUCUGUGUGUUGGGAUUUAUGGAGACCUCUGCUGGAAAAUAUUGCUGUGAUCAGGUCCUUUUUUCAAUGCGUGUUAGUAGUGAAACACUAUUUUUUUCUCUAUUAUAUAGCUAUUUAUUACAUGUGAUUUAUUUUUAUUUUUUGCAUUUAUUUUUAUUUUUCUUUACCAAACAGUUUUAACCCUUUGUGCACUAAAUACUGUAUGUCUCUUGAAGACUCCAAACUAUUUUGUCCGCAUAAGUGUGCCAAGUGUUAAAACUGUUUACUAUGUAAGUAAAAUAACAUGUCACUUUUGUUUCUCUUAAAUUCGUACUGUUUAAUAUACAAUGAUAUAUUUUUAUUAAAAUUUGUUAUCAAAUGGGUUUUUUUCACAAAUAUUGUGUUAAUUAAAGGCUCUAACAGCACACAUUGCCUGUUGUAAGGCAAAUAUUAGUAUACGAUUUUACAAUUAUUAACAUUCUCAAUUCAUUUUUGUACAAUCAUUUCUAUUCAUGAAACUUGAAAGUGUGACAAUUGCACUACACAUCUGUUUUAUCGGUGAAUACAUUCAUACCUGUGAGUCUGUGAUAUUUACUUUAGCAAAUUGCAUUUCCGAAUUAAAGUAAUUUUUAUUUAUGUAGGUUACAACAAUGUCCAAAACAGUAUGUAUACACAUGCAUACAAUAAUAAUUGAAUAGUUGUUUGCAUGUCUUGAAUUUCGUUUUUAUUCUUGGGGUGGUUUUAUCUGUCCACUUUCCUGAUGUAUAAAGUAUGAAAGGAAAUCAAAAGAGUGAAUGGUGUUUAAGAACUAAUAAUCUGUAUUUUGGUGUUGGUGUUUGUUUUUAUAUCAGUGGUCACAACAUUAGUUACUCUUCUACUUUCAUUUCACUACACAGAAGAGUUACAUUUGUGGCAAAAUUUUAUAUAAAAAAUUGGUAAUUUUUCUUAGUAGGCUCACUACUCUUUAGUUAAAAAAAAAAAUCACUUCUGAACGUAAGUACUAAGUGUUUGAGUACUGUUAGCUUCAUACACUCACAGAUUUCAACCAUAAAAUUCAAUAUUAUUGGACAAUAUUUUUAUACAGCAACAAUAAUUGUUGAUUUUUUACGCUACAAGGUUCAAGAGUUGAAAAUGUUGUGUAAAGAUUUGUUGAUUACCCCUGCCAUAACGAUACAAUAGCUUGUUCAAUAAGACUGAUGACUGUUACAGUAUAUUUAGCCGUAAACAACAGUUUCUGUCCCUAUCAUUCCCGACAUUCUGUUCGCUUGCUCAACAGCUCCCUGUUCAAGCAAUGAAACAUGUGAUUUAGCUGAAGUGAUAUAUCGGUUGUAAGCACCCAAAUAUUUCUAGCAGAGAUGUCAAUUAGGUGUAAGUUCUCUUUUUCUUUCACAUAUGCUGUGUUUUCUAUUUGAAAACAUUCUUGUAUAAUUGUCAUACAAUUGUAUAACUUGAGAGUAUUUUGAAAACAUGAGUAACGUUUCAUAUAGGUACAUGUUAAUGCAUGGAGAUUUAGAAGUUUGGUUAAAACAAAAAUGAACAAUACAAAUUAUGUACUUAACAAAUUAGUCAGUGUGUAAAUGGAUCAAAAUUUAAAAAAAUACAUUUUCACUUAAUUUAUUUAUAUAUUAAUGUUUACUUGUCUUGAAAACCAUUUUACUUUUAAAGUGGUCAACAUUACUGUGUCUAGUCGAGUAACUAUUAUUUGGAUACAAAGUUUUAUUCUGUUUAGGCCUUUUGACUCAGAUAUGUACCAAUUUCAAAAUUAAUCAAAAUGUAAGGUUCUCAAUCAGAUUACUGGUUUUCAUUAUUGCUGUCAAGAGCUUUCACCCUCAUGUACAAAGAAGGGCAUUACUCACAAAUAGGAUCUAUAUAAUGUGACAAAGGUUUUGUCAUGUUGCUCUCGUGAUUCGAAGAGGAUCUAGCUGAAUUUUUAAAUGGCUGGUCAAAAGCUUCUUGUAAUAAGUGACAUUAUUCUCUGUAUUACCAUGUUUUCAAAGGUACAAAAGCAUUUGGUCGUAUGAUAAGUUAUGUAUUAUUUUUAUAUAAUUCUUACAUGUAGUACUUAAUGAUUAGGGUUAGUUUUACUAAUCCAAAAGUUUCUAUGUAAUGUUCUAAGAAAUAAAUACUUUUUCUAAAAUUA